AUGUGUUUCAAUUUCAUUAGAAUUGCUCAAGAAUCAUUAUUUGAUCAAAUUGUUCAAGCAAAAUCAAAAAAUUCAAGAAAAAGAUAUAUGGAAGAUAAAAUUAAGUUCCUUGAAUUUACUAAUUGGAAAAGUAAUACUUUAAUAGCAAAUAUUAGAGAUAGAUUUAUUAAUGGUAAAGCAUAUAUGACAAAAGAUGAAGUUUAUAAUCUUGUUUUAUGGAAAUUAAAUUUUGGAAAUUUUAGACCAGUAGCUCAUUAUAUUAAAGAAAAUUCAGAUGAUGAAGUAAUUGAAGCAACAAAUAAAGCAUUUAAUGCAAUGAUUGGAUUAUUCAACAAUUCAAAACAAUUACAAGAUUAUAAUAUGGAAGAUUUUAAAAAUUAUGCAAAGUUACUUGGUGGAGCAAUUGAAAUUUUAAAAGAAUUAACUGGUGUUGGUCCUUCAACUGCUUCAAUUAUUCUUAGUUGUCUUUCUGGUAUUAAUGAUGAUUUAGCUCCUCCAUUUUUUUCAGAUGAAAGUAUAAUGUAUUUUUAUAAUGAUAAAACUUUAUUAAAUAAUGUUUCAACAAAUUUUUGUAUUAAUAAAAUUUUACCAAUUUAUUUUGGAUUAAUUAAAGAAAAUGAUUUAGAAUUAAGUUUUACAGAAUUAGAAAAAGGUAUAACAUCAAUUAGAAAUUAUGAAAGAAAUAAAGAUAAUUAUUAUAAUUUUACUUCACCAUUUCAAGGAAUUGACAAAAAAGUUUGGUCUAAAUUUGUUUCAAGUGAUACAAUUAAAUUUUUUAAAGAUGAAUUUGAAAAUUCUCCAAUUCGUAAUGGAGCUAGAACUAAGAAUGAAGCUGAAGAAAUGGCUCAAAAAGUUGAAGAAUUAAUUUUUCAUCCUGAAGCUGCUUAUGUUGAUCAAUUAGAAUCUGCUCAAGCUGUCGAACAAGGACCUGAUGCUCAAAUUGAUCCUACUGCUGAAUCAUCUGGUUCUGACAAUAAACUUGGUAUCAAACAAGAAUCAAGAUCUCAACCAAUUUUGGAAGCACUCAAUGCAACAGGAUCCUCACAUAAUAUUAAGCAAGAACCUACAGCCAUGUCAAAUAUAUUAAUGCCACCAAAAGCUAAAAAGCCUAAAUCAAUGAAUGUAGCUUCACAAAGUGAUGUUAUGACAGGAAUCAAUACAUUAUUAGAAUUAGCAGUUAAUCAUGAUCAAAAAUUUGAUAUCUUAGAGCAAAGAUUUGGAAGUUUGGAAACUAAAUUAGAAGAAAUUUAUGCUCAAUUAAAAAUUCAUACUGAUAAUAAUAAAUUAAUUUAUAAUCAAAAUGAAAAACUUAUUGAAAAUAAUAAAUUACUUUAUAAUCAAAAUGCAGAACUUUUUGAACAACUUACAAUGAUUUGUUAUAAAAAUCAAGAAUUAAUUAAUCAUAAUCAAGAAUUAUUCAAUAGAUUAAGUGAAUUGGAAAACAACAUUGUUGAAAAUUUAAAAUUUGAUUCAAAAAGAAGAAAAACUUGA